UUUUUUUCCUCCAUUUUUAUCUCGAUUCAAACCGAGGGUAACGGACUGAGCUCAGUUCUUACAUCACCGCAAAACCCAAAAAGGACACUCUGCCCACCAGCACAGAUGCGAACCUUUCCUUUCGAUUCUCCGCUGGGCUGGGGUUUUCUCUGCUCAUUUAAAGCAACACCGAUUGUGCAAGUCAAAUAGGAGGAAAAAGAUUCAGAAUUCCAUCGAGCUUCCUCUCGUUUUCUUCAUUUUUGGUAUGCAAUUUACUCCUGUUUGUGUUAAAUUUGAAGGGAUUCAAAGAAAUUUUUCAAAAGAAAGAAUGGUUGGUAAAUUGAGCGCUAGAUCAUUAAACAUAUGCAUAGCAUCAUUUUGCAAAGUCAGGCAAUUAGAUAGAGCAGAAUCUAUCAUUAUUGAUGCUAUAAGAUUAGGAGUACUUCCUAAUGUAGUUACUUAUAAUACACUUAUUGACGCCUACUCUCGCCUUGAUAGUUUUGAUGCUGCUUAUUCUCUUCUCCGUAGAAUGAGUGAAGCCCGUAUAAACCCAAAUGUCAUUACCUACAAUUCUCUGAUUGCUGGUGCAGCUAGAAAUUGCUUGCUAUCGAAAUCCCUUGAACUGUUUGAAGAAAUGCUUCAAAGGGGCAUAGCUCCUGAUAUUUGGACUUUUAAUACUCUGAUGCAUUUCUUCUAUAAGGUAGGAAAACCAGAAGAAGCAUACCAGGUUUUCAGGGAUAUUAUUCUCCAUGAUUUAUCCCCAUGUCCAGCUACUUUUAAUAUUAUGAUUAAUGGUCUUUGCAAGAACGGUUAUAUGAGUAAUGCACUUAUGCUCUGUAGGGGUUUACAGCGACAUGGAUUUGUUCCAGAAUUAAUCACUUAUAAUAUUCUCAUUAAUGAGUUGUGUAAAGGGGGGAAAUUGAGGGCUGCAAGUAGAAUGCUCAAAGAGCUGGCAGCAUCUGGUUAUGUGCCAAAUGCCAUAACUUAUACCACAGUUAUGAAAUGCUGCUUUAGAUCCAAGCAGUUUGAACAAGGGCUUGAGAUAUUGCAAGAGAUGAGUGAUAAGGGCUAUACUUUUGAUGGUUUUGCAUAUUGCACGGUUGCUGGUGCUUUAAUAAAGUGUGGUAGGAUUAAUGAGGCAACUGAUUAUAUGGAUCAGAUGAGGAGAAAUGGCAUCGACCACGAUUUAGCGUCAUAUAAUACACUACUAAAUAUGUAUUGUAAAGAAGGUAAAUUGGAAGAAGCAUAUCAAUUGCUUGAUGAAAUAGAAGGAGUAGGCUUAGAAUGUGAUGAGUAUACACACGCAAUUUUGAUAGAUGGGUGGUGUAAGGCAGGUAAUGCUGAGGGGGCACAGCGACACAUUAAGCAUAUGAAUGUGAUGGGUUUCAAUUCCCAUUUGGUUGCAUUAAAUUGUGUUGUUGAUGGGUUGUGCAAAGCUGGUAAGAUUGAUCAUGCUUUGAAAAUGUUUGAGUCAAUGGAGAACAAGGACUCAUUUACCUACUCUUCCUUGGUUCACAAUCUUUGCAAGGCUAGAAGGUAUCAUUCUGCAGCCAAACUCUUGCUUUCUUGUUUAAGCAGGGGCAUGAAAAUACUCCGAUCAGCUCAACGGGCUGUUAUAAACGGUCUUGAUUAUUCUGGUUUUCGAGAAGAAGCAAGGAAGCUUAAAUCAAAAAUUCGAUUGACUAGGAUGGAGCGGUGUUGAUUUCCCUGUACCACUUUGAUGCAAUCUGGAAGUUGGAAUAUUUUAUUGAUGGAAUUCAAUUAAUCUAAUGACCUUUUUUUUUGUAUUGAAAUCUUUGGACAGCACCAUGUAAAUGUAAGAUUUAUGCUAGUAAAUCCUAUUGUGCUUAGACAUGGAUUGGAGUUACAGAAUCCAAGUUAAUGAAAAACGACGACAAGCAUUUCAUUCAUACACAUAUAAGUUGGGUUAUUUAAUACUGAAUAUUGAUUCGGAUUGGUUGGAGAACUCUGCUUUCAUUGAGCAUAUGUAUGAAAUAUUCUCACCAGAAUGGACGUGUGGCAGUUCCUAAUGUUGAUGAAUCACAGGAUUACAACCCAAAUUUGUUUGAAAUUGAUCUGCUGCCUCCUUACUGGUGUAAUCCCUGCUUAUCAAAGAAGUUUAAGACGUACACUGGUGAUACAAUUAUAUUGUUACAGAAUUUGCCCGUCAAGAUACAAGAAUGCUUAUUUUAUAUAUAUUCUCUACUUGUCAACAUAUUGGUAAAAAGCAUAGUUUUCUGCAUCAAUAUUAAGGUAUGCCGAUUAGGUGAUAGGAAAACCACAGGGAAAGGGCAUAUAUCAGAUAGAUACAUCACCUUGCAAAAAAUGUAUAAUAGUUAUACACAUAUUCCAAAAAAUGUAUAAUAGUGAUAUACAUCACCUUGCAUGUAGGUUGACAUGAACCUGAUUGUUGGGACUUUUUUUUUAAUUUUUUUAUUUACCAAUACCUCUGAUAGAAAUAGUACAUUUUAUUGAUGUUAUUAAGAAUUUGUUCAAGACGUUGAAAUAAAAAUUAUGAUUCUAAUGUUUUUUAACUUGA